AUGAAACAUAUUCAAAUCAAUGAACUCCAAGCCGCUUCUUUUGAUAAGCUGAAAACCCUGCUGGAAAAAUGGGGUAGCCAUUACAACAUUGUCAACAAAAUCCUCGCCCAAAGCAUAACUACCGGCAUCUUUCAGCAUGAAUUCGACUGCAGACUGCUCGAUGCUUAUGCAAAACUCAACAAAUUAGUUGAAGCCCGGAAAGUGUUCGAGCUAAUGCCAAGCCCAGAUGUUAGCUCAUGGACCUCUCUUCAGAAUCUUUAUCUCAAAUGUAAACAACCCAUGAAAACUUUAGUGGUAUUUUCUGAGUUGUUGUUGUCUGAUUUCGUUAAACCUGAUUCUCAUUCCGUAGUUGCUGCUCUUUCCGCUUGCGCGCGCCGCAAGGACCUAAGAAAUGGAAGUAUAAUCCACGGCAUGACGUACAAGUAUCUUCAGAAACCCAGGCCUAGUGUACACAACGCCUUGAUAGAUAUGUACGGGAAAAACGGAAGAGUUGACUUAGCUCAACGUGUGUUUGGUAGCAUCAAUUUUAAGGAUGUUGCCAUUUGGACUAGCUUACUCAAUGGAUACCUUUUGAAUGACGAUGUGGAAUCUGCCAAGGCAGUGUUCGAUGAUAUGCCCCAAAGAAAUGUGGUUUCUUGGACUACAAUGAUAGUGGGGUAUGUGCGCAAGAAGAAUCCAAUCGAGGCCUUGGAGUUGUUCACAAGGAUGAGACAUGCAGAUUCUGGAGAAGAUUGUACCCCCACGACAGUAACUGUUGUUGCCGUGCUUUCUGCUUGUGCAGAUAUUGGGGCACUGAAUUUAGGAAGUUCAAUUCACGGGCACAUUAUCAAACGCAUAGGGUUCGGGUUAGAUAUUACUGUGAAUAAUGGGUUGAUUGAUAUGUACGGGAAAAGUGGAAAUCUUGAUUCUGCUCUGAAGCUAUUUGAUAGCAUGAGGAGAAAGGAUUUAUUUUCAUGGACUACAAUGAUUUCUGGUUUGGCAAUAAAUGGCAGAGGUAAACAUGCCCUUCUGGUUUUCGAUUCAAUGGUGGCAUCUGGGUCGGUUCCAAAUGAAGUUACUUUUUUAUCGGUUCUAUUAGCUUGCACCCAUGCAGGAUUAGUUACCGAGGGAGAGAAAUUAUUUGAAAAUUUUGUAAAUAGGUACCAUAUGAAGCCCAAGAUCGAGCAUUUUGGGUGUAUGGUGGAUCUUUUUGUUCGAGCGGGAUGUUUGGAGAAAGCGUUAGUGUUGAUUGAGAGUAUGCCAAUGAAGCCUGAUGCUAUUAUAUGGAGAUCCAUUCUUGGUGCUUGUUUGGAACAUGGAGAUUUGGGAUUGGCUGAAGUGGCGGGGAAGAAAGUAGUUGAACUAGAACCAGAUGACGAUGCGGUGUAUAUACUUCUUUGGAGUAUCUAUCGGUCGAAAAAUAGGUGGGGGGAAGCAUUAAAGGCAAUGAAAAUGAUGAGAGACCGAAGAAUCAAGAAAACACCUGGUUGUAGUUGGAUUGAAGUGAAUGGCGUCGUUCAUGAAUUCCUUGCUGAAUCUUCACGACACUAUGUCAGAGAUAGCAUAGUCAUCGUUCUGGAUGGAGUGAUUGAACAAUCUAAAUUAGACACUGGCCUAUUUUUCUUUGAAUAA